AUGGAUCGAGCCAAGAAAAAGUGCGUUUUUGAACUUCAUUGCUGGCAGUUUCAGAUUCCGAUUUUUUAAUGAGAUACUUUUUGAGGUUCGCCUCGGCGAUUGACGGGCUUCGAUCUUUUCACAACAAGACGGACAUAGUGGUGGACGAGAAAGUACUUCCCGAUCACUGUUCUCUUCACACGGUCAGCUUUUUUCUUUCCCAGAAUAUUUUCUUUGAGAUUUUUCCCGUGGAACUUUGAUUUAAUGGCUCUUUCCAGUAAGUUUUUUUUUUCUUUUUUUCCGAGAAUUUAUUCAUUCCGAGUAGUUCAAUACUUAUUUUUGAAUUUUCGCUCUUAUUAUUAUUUUUUUUUCAAUGGAAGACAUUGAUUUAUGAGCCUCCUACUUUCCUGUUAUCAAUUUUAUUCUUUUAAUCCGCUUUUGCCGCUCAUUUAAUUCCGGAGAAAGUAAAAUCAGAGAGAGAGAGUGUCUUCGAAAAAGGCUUCCUUCCAGAUAAAUAAGAUUUUUUUCGAAAAACUUCUUACUUCCAAACAAAGUCCUUUUUAAGCCUCCAAAGACUAUUAAUUAUUUUUUUCAUGAUAAGGUCACAUGUACAGAAACCUGACAAAGUUUUGUUUUUGUUUUUGUUUUUGGGGGGAAGGAAGAUUCGAUAUUUUGCGAACUUUGCUCGAAGGUUGAAUGAUUUCAAAAAAAGUUGAAAAAUAAAUUAAGUUCGAUUUUUUUAAAAAUUAAGAGCUUUUUUUGAUAAUCACGUAAAGAACCUUAUCGAGUGUUUUCGUGAUCCAAUAGUGAACGAAUUCUAGAAAGCUGAUUUUUGAGAUUUUUAUUCAUUCGAAGGAGUAUGAAAGAAGUAAAGGUUUUGCUAUGUGUAGGUUCAUUCUCGCUUUCCUUUUAACAAUCAAAAUUUUUCGAUUUCAAAUUUUCUAUCAAACCAAAUUAAGUUUCUCGAUGUGAAAAAAAACGUCUUUAGAGUGAAAAGUUAGUUUUGAGCAUUUUUUUGCUUAUGAGAAAGUGUUCUUCUGGAUUUUUUGGUGCAGCCGGAACUCCUAUGCCUUUUUGCGGCUUUUUGUUCUUCAUUUCCUGGCGGCUUUCAAUAAUUCUUUCUUUCGUCGUGGGGUCAAAAAUCGGGCCGGAAGCGUGAUUCCCGGCGACAGGAAGCGGUGUUGUGUUGCAGCGGCGCCGUUUCUUCUGCUUCGGCUCAUUCCGCAGUGUCUCGCCAAGUUCCCUUAUCCGGACGUGAAAUCCAACAAAUUUUUAUGCGAAGUUCCUCUAAAAAAGAGCAAACUUGAGAACCAUUUUGAAAAGAUAUAAUGUUUAAAGGACCAUUCAGCAGAAGUUUUAAAGGCAUAGGGGCAGUAAAAAUGGGGUUUCAGGUGAAAGCAGUAUCUUAUAUAGUUUUUCUUUGCGAAUCGAACGGUGUACUCAAAAAAAUUACAGAUGUGACAACUUUAGAAGAAAAACGCGAUUUUACUUUCCCGCCUUUAAUUUUGAAAAAAGCUUUGGAUCGGUAUACAGACAAAUGUUUACAGUAGCCGUGCACGAGAUGUUGCGGACGUCUCAUUAGACUCGCAUUUUGUGAGAAAUAACCGGAUAUCUGCUUCAAAUCAAGGGUUUCUACUCUGAAAAAUCGAUUAAGAAAACAGAAAACACACAUUGAUAAUAAAGAAAACACAAAUAAUUGCUAUCCCAAUCUAAACCUGUGUAAAAUCAUCAUUUUUUCACGAAAAACGCUUUUUUGCGAUCAAAGUUUGCAAACUAUACAUGAAUAGAAAGCUUAUGUGACGAAAAGAACUUUGGUGACAACAGAAAAAAUUGAAAAUUGAAAGAAACGAAGAAAAAAGCGAAAAUCCGGAAGAUGGCGAAGCCUGUUGUCCAUAGAGCAACUUUACUGCAAAGUGCCCUUUUCGCGGGAACUCAAACUUUCUUCUCUCCGACUUUGAAUUAUUUUUUCUCCAAAACUAGGAACUUCUGUACGUUUCCAAGUUUACCGUUCGAUUCGCAAUGAAAAGCUCUACAAAGUACUGCUUUGAACUGAGACACCGUUUUUUACUGCCCCUAUGCCUUUAAGCCGAAAAUUGAGCAAGAGGAGGCUUUGAUAUAAUUGAUUCAAUUUUUUUGAUAUUUUUCACAGAAAAAAAUCGUUUUCAAAUUGUCUUUCACAGUUCAAAUGCAGGAAGCCGUUUGAAAAACCGGGACAAUUCGAAGUUGAAAUCCAAAAAUGAAUUAUGAUUUCUUUUUAGAAUUCUGCUUUGAGAGUAGAGACUUCUUUCACAUUCUACACUGCUAAAAGUUCCAAAAAAAUCAAAUAAUAACUGGGAAACUUCAAAUUUAGUGCGUUCCUGAUCUUUUUCUCACUAUGAAUGCAUUAGGACUGGCCUUCCGCGUUUCUUGGAUUCACUUUUUUCUUUCCUUCUAUCAAGCAGCCCCAUUUCCUGGUCUCUUCUGACAAACGUCUAAUUCGUUUUAGGGGUCCGUUGUGGGGCGAUUGAAAUCUGAUUAUGUGGUAAUGCAUUUGGUGCGGAUAUGUUUCACCUUUGACUUCCGGCUUUCUUCUUAACUCGAUUAGUCUUUCUUUUUUGGAUUUUUGGCUGAAUUUAGAGAGCUGAGGAGUAGAAUUGGGUUCAUACGUCAUGACCUGACUUGAGCUUGAUGGCUCAAAAAAACUCACCUUUGCUCAUAUUUUGAAAAAAAGGAGAGAGGGAAAGAAAGAAUUUUUCGAUUAUGGUGAAAAGAUGAGGAAAAAGAAAAAAACUUUAUUUUGAACAAGCCACAACAAAAUUUCAGAACAGGUUUGCGCGAAGAUUUUUUUAGAAUUUGAGUAAAAUUAAAAAUAAGUUUUCCUUGCAUACGGUUUUUUUUUUAAAUCCAUUUUUAAAAACUUUUUUUUGAAAAUUCAACAAUAUUUUUCCUGAAAUCAUCCUGAAGUGUCAUUGCAAUACCUAAGAAGCGAAAGUUAGCGGAAGCCAGGAAAAGUUUGAAAAGCUCAAGCAAAACUUCUUGAUUACGGAAAGAGAUCAAGAUUAGAAAAGUCAAAAGUAUUUGCUUUUUCAAUGUAAAAAAAAACAUUUUUUCAUACGAAUUCCCAGUUUUUUCGACCCAUGGUUGGUUUCAGGUGGUCCGGCAUGGUUUUCCGGACGACGCCCGUUGUUUGGCCUACGACCCGGUCCAAAGACUUCUCGCCAUCGGUUCUGGACAUGGUCAUGUCAGAAUCAUCGGUAUGCAUUACCUACAACCAAGAAGGAUGUCUGAAUCGUCCAUUGAAUAACCCGAUUUAUAACUAUUCAUGAAGGAGAAAAAAGCUUUUUUUUUCGCUGUUCAAGCUGUGUGAAAAUGAAGAUCUGAUACUUCCUGAAAAUAGACGGCGGAACAUUGACGAUAUCGCAAAAGUGCUGCUUUUUGGCCGCGCCGGAUUCGCUCUUUGGAAAUUUCCAAAUAUUUUUUCUGGGUACUUGAAGAGCGAGAUCGCGCCGAAAAAAAUUGCGAGUCUGGCACGACGACAAGACAAUUCGCGAGGCUGUCAAUGUUCCCCCAGCUACCUCUUGUCUUCAAAGUUAUUCCCAGUGUCCGGAAGAAUCUGUUGAUCUUCAAUAUUAAACAGCUUGCCUUACUAAAAAAAAAUACUUUUUUAAUUUUUUCUUCAUACAACAAAAAAAAUCGGGUCGGACUAGGCGGACUUCUUUAGGAUGCUAAAACCCUAUUUUUCCAAAAGGAAUUUCAUAAUUUUCCAGGAGACGCAGGUGUGGAUUACUUGUUACGGCACGAGUCGGAGCAAGCCGUUCUACAUAUGCAAUUUCUCAUAAAUGAGGUGAGAAAUACAGGGAAUUGAGGUUCAUUGGAAAAUUCCAUCAACUGUCAGCUAGGGCAUGGCUUUUAUUGAAUAAACUUUGUUUCUGAUUGGCCGCACUUUCCAGGGAGGUCUGAUAACAGCCUGUGCAAACGACAUGAUCCAUCUGUGGAACUACCGACAAAAGGUGCCGGAGAUCGUCCACUCUGUGCAGCUGAACAAGGAGGCCGUCACGGCCAUACAUCUGCCCAUCUCCAGCAAAUGGCUCUACGUCGGCACCGACAAGGUAGUCUUCUUCAUCGCUCUUCAUCGAGAAGUCUCCGUAUCACUCAGGGAAACGUCUAUUUCGUUUCUGUCGGCACCUUCCAGCUCAGUCCCUACGUCAUCAACUGGAACAAGGCUAUAGAUUUGUGAGUUCAUUUUAAAGAUCGGUUCCGGUGGAACUUUGGUACUCUAGGAGCUCUUACGUCUAGAAAAAAAUAAUUAUUUGAAACAGAUAUUGCUUCUAAGUUGAGAAACAUGAAAAGCCCUACGAAUACCCUUUAUUCAUUAUCUGGGUGUUGCGGACUUGAAAGGGUGUUUUUAAAAAAAAAAAACAACAUGUCAAUUUGGAAAAGAACGAGCUUACUUUGAACACGGAAUGAACUUCAUUAUCAGCGCAAAUUCUGAAUAAUUUGUCCUUCAGAAGCUGUCGAGUACAUCCGGGUCCAGUCCGACAGCUGUCCGUGUCCCCGAUCGACCCUCUGAGGAUGCUGAUCGCCUACGACAAGGGCAUCCUGGUGCAGUGGAACCUGGCGACCAAGGAAGUCGACCGAUUUCCUCUCGAUCCGCCCAUCAAGAGCGUCAGGUUGGAAUGAUCAGAUUUGUGACGAAUUUUUAGAAAUCGAAACUUCUCUAUCUAUUUUUGUUGAUAAAUAAUAUGGCUCGAGCUAUUAUUAAUUCUUUUUGAGUCAGUAAGCUCUGAUUUAGCAUGGGAAAUUUUGAAUGUUUUGGAAGAUUUGACGAUAGUUCGGAAAAAAAAUUUUGAAAACUUGUGAAAAAAUUUCUACCUCUCUAAGUUUUACAUUCGGUUUUCUCCUAAUUCAGCUCCUUUGGUUUAUUGAUAAAAUCUUCAAUGUCAUUGAAAUAAAUCAUAUAAACUUUCCCUUAGUCCUAGAUGGUAGCUUUUGAGUUUUCAAAAAACCUGUCGUGAGACGUAUCGAGUACCAUUCAAAAGCCUCACUAUGAGUUUAGAUCUUUUUGCCUGAGAAGUGACUAGGGAUUCAAAAUUUCAAAGAUUCACCUCCGCCUGAUCUUCAUUUUCUCCCCUACAGUUGGCACUUCGACGGUCGCCAAGUUUUGACGGGAAACGUCGACGGCUCGAUCAGCAUGUACAACGUGAAGAAGACGGGCGAAUGUGUCCAGAAAUCGACGCCCCACGGAUCCGGCGCCUGCAGACCGAUUCAUCAGAUCGAGUGGAAGCACGUCAACGAAAACGAGCAGAUCAUCGUCUUCUCCGGAGGUCCGAGCUGACCUUCAUUCGACAGAAAUCUGACUGUCUGCGCUCUCCCUUCUCUUGUCAUGUUAAGAAAUAACCAAGAGAACAUGAGGCUGAGAGAGCAAGAGAGCGCAGACAGACCAGGCUGUCACACCGAGUUUUGCUCAACGAACUUCAAAAUAUCGCAAAAAAUAAUUUUAUCUAUAAAAAUAAUCGCAACCUGUUCAACUUUUUUUAUUUUCGAAUUUUGCGAUGCUUCAACAUCGAUCUUCGAGACGCUGUUAAGUUGAAUUUUCAAGCUCCCAUUCUCGAAAAAAAGAAUUCGUCAUAUGCUCCUUGAGCUUCAAAGUAUCACAAAAAGCUCCUUGAGCAUAUGACGAAGUUUUUUUUUUGAUGGCUUUUUUUCGGAGAAAAAGAAAGAAAUCACAACGUUUAUUGAAGUUCUAAGUUGAUUUGGAACGUCUUCUAAUCUUGAAAUUCAUCAGGAAUGCCAACGGAUGACGGUUUACCGGUUCCGGCUCUGACCAUUCUUAGAGGCGGCCGGUCGGCGACGGUUCUCGAAAUGGAUCAUCCCAUCAUUUCGUUCAUAACUCUUUCGCAAGUGAGUUUUGGAUUUUCGAAAUGCAAAAAGGAUCAAAAUCAGCUCCAAUAGAGUGAUUUAUAAAUUGAAAAAAAUGUUUUGGCUGUUUGAUAAUGAAAACUUAGCUGUCGUACUAAUAGAUUUUGUGAAAAGUGGUGAUCGAAAAAACUAUCUCGAAUACAUAGGAACAGGGAUAAUUUUCAAAAAGUGGGAAAUUUGCACGAAAUGGCUUGAAGGUGGCCUUCCCUUCAUGUCCGCAACAACCUCACGCCGUGGCGGUUCUUCUGAAGAACGACCUGAUGCUCCUCGAUUUGCAACAACAGGGGUUCGUUUCAAACCAAGUUCUUCCACUGAAUAGAACGAAGUAGUGAAAAAUAGGAUUUUUGUCGAAUUCGUUUUAUAUCUAUUUUCUUCGUUAACAUGAGAUUAUAAUCUAUCAAAGAAACACGUUUCACUAAAUCAGAAAAGAGCAAUUCCUAUGUUUCCAGUCACCCGAUGAUCGAAUCGCCGCACUCCAUGAACAUCCACGAGAGUCCCGUCACCUGCGUCUCUUAUCACUCCGAUUGUCCCUUGGACUUGAUAGGCGCUCUGACUUUGGUCGGCACAAAGCAACGGAAAAAGGACUACAGCUCAAGGGUUCGUUCCUUUUCUCCUGUGAGAUGUGACAUUUUCAGAGUCAGAAGGUUUUCGCAUCAUGUAUAGAAUACAUGAUCAAUUAA